AUGGACGACUCUAUCAUACCAGUUACAGCGCUCAACACCUCUUCUUCAAGCAACGCUGUCCCACCAGCCACAACAGGCAUCGCCUCCACCUACAAAGGUUCUGUUACGAGUGAUAGACUCCCUGGUCCUGCUGAAGCUGUCCUUCGGUCCCCAGCUGAGCAGUGUGAGAAGACACUGAUGGAGGAGCUCCAGAGUGCCAGUCAUGAUGGUGGUGGCUGUCAGGACAACCAGACCCCGUGCUUUAAGCUGGAUUUCAUCAAAGUGAACAGUAACACCAAUUACUGUUGUGUCACUGGCGAGGUCCAACCUGAGGCCCCUACAGCCUCCAGCAGCAGCUCGACUUCAACGCAAGGCUCUCGAGCCACAGGGUCCUUCCCAGGAACUGUCUUCACUCUGGAAGCUACGACCGUCUCUGGCAGCCCCACGUCCCCAGAAACCACGGUACCGGCUGAAACUGCUCACCCCACAGCCCGAUCUGAAGCACCUACAGCCUCCCAAGGCGGCCCAGUUUCCUCAGAAGCCGCUCCCACGACUCAGACCUCCCCGACAACAACGGUCUUCGCUCAGCAAUCUACAGUCUUGCCAGCCACAGCCAGCACAAUGCCCGCAGAAACAGCUGGGACUCCUGGGACCUCCUACACCUCAGCUGUCACUGAGGAGUCUGCAGCCUCCCCACGUGGCCCAACGUCCACACAGACAACUCAGGCACCUGAGACAUCACCAAGAGUUUUCACUCAGGCAUCCACAGUCUUCACAGCCCCCUCAAGUUCACCAGAAACCGCGGCAGCUUCCGAGGUCGCCUACACCUCAGCCGUGAUCCAACCUGAGGCCCCUACAGCCUCCAGCAGCAGCUCGACUUCAACGCAAGGCUCUCGAGCCACAGGGUCCUUCCCAGGAACUGUCUUCACUCUGGAAGCUACGACCGUCUCUGGCAGCCCCACGUCCCCAGAAACCACGGAAUCUCCGAUCUCUCCAAGCAGCUCAGUUUCCCCAGCAACGGCCCUGCCUGCUGAGACGCCCUUCACUUCGGUCCUGAGUGAAGCGCCAACCACCUCCCGAAGCCAGCACACUUCAACAGGUGGAUCUCAGACCACCGAGCCGUCCAAAACAACAGUCUCCAAUCAGGAAUCUACAACCUUCCCAACAAACUCAGUUUCCGCGGUACCCACUGGAACUCCGGAGACCUCCUACCCUACACCCCCCAGAGAAGAACCCACCACGUUCCCCAGUGGCCCGGUGUCUACCCAAGCAACGCAAGCAACUGACACAGCCCGGACAACAGUCUUCAGUCACGGGUCUACAGCUCCCCAGAGCAACUCCAUUUCCACACAAACUGCUUCUGUACCCCCUGAGAGCCUCCUCACCACAGUCCAACCUGAGGCCCCUACAGCCUCCAGCAGCAGCUCGACUUCAACGCAAGGCUCUCGAGCCACAGAGUCCUUCCAAGGAACUGUCUUCACUCUGGAAGCUACGACCGUCUCUGGCAGCCCCACGUCCCCAGAAACCACAGUACCGGGUGAAACUGCUCACCCCACAGCCCGAUCUGAAGCACCUACAGCCUCGCAAGGCGGCCCAGUUUCCUCAGAAGCCGCUCCCACGACUCAGACCUCCCCGACAACAACGGUCUUCGCUCAGCAAUCUACAGUCUUGCCAGCCACAGCCAGCACAAUGCCCGCAGAAACAGCUGGGACUCCUUGGACCUCCUACACCUCAGCUGUCACUGAGGAGUCUGCAGCCUCCCCACGUGGCCCAACGUCCACACAGACAACUCAGGCACCUGAGACAUCACCAAGAGUUUUCACUCAGGCAUCCACAGUCUUCACAGCCCCCUCAAGUUCACCAGAAACCGCGGCAGCUUCCGAGGUCGCCCACACCUCAGCCGUGAGUGAGGCAUCUACAGUAUCCUCCAGGACCCCGAGGACAACACAUGCCACCCAGCCAAGCGAAACCUCCGCAACAGGGCUCACUCACAAGUCUACAACCUGGUCGGGCAGCUCCGCGUCCCCAGACACUGCUGUACCUCCCGCCGUCACCCACACAGCAGCGCUGACUGAGGCGUCUACCACAUCCCUGCGCAGCGCCAUAUCCACACAAACAGCUCCAGCUCCAGAGAACUCUGGAACAACCCUUCACACUCAGGAACCUACCACAUCCCUAAGCGGCCCAGUGUCCACAGGAACAGCCGGACCCCCUGGGACCUCCUCCACCGCAGCUGUGAAGGAGCCAUCUACAGCCUACACCAGGACCCCGGUUUCAACACUUGCAACUCAACCAGCUGAGUCACGGGGCACGGUGUUCACCCAGGAAUCAACACCCUCCCCAACCGGCUCAAUUUCCACAGGGACGCUGGUCCCUCCUGAGACCCCAGAAGAACCCACCACGUUCCCCAGUGGCCCGGUGUCUACCCAAGCAACGCAAGCAACUGACACAGCCCGGACAACAGUCUUCAGUCACGGGUCUACAGCUCCCCAGAGCAACUCCAUUUCCACACAAACUGCUUCUGUACCCCCUGAGAGCCUCCUCACCACAGUCCAACCUGAGGCCCCUACAGCCUCCAGCAGCAGCUCGACUUCAACGCAAGGCUCUCGAGCCACAGGGUCCUUCCCAGGAACUGUCUUCACUCUGGAAGCUACGACCGUCUCUGGCAGCCCCACGUCCCCAGAAACCACGGUACCGGCUGAAACUGCUCACCCCACAGCCCGAUCUGAAGCACCUACAGCCUCCCAAGGCGGCCCAGUUUCCUCAGAAGCCGCUCCCACGACUCAGACCUCCCCGACAACAACGGUCUUCGCUCAGCAAUCUACAGUCUUGCCAGCCACAGCCAGCACAAUGCCCGCAGAAACAGCUGGGACUCCUGGGACCUCCUACACCUCAGCUGUCACUGAGGAGUCUGCAGCCUCCCCACGUGGCCCAACGUCCACACAGACAACUCAGGCACCUGAGACAUCACCAAGAGUUUUCACUCAGGCAUCCACAGUCUUCACAGCCCCCUCAAGUUCACCAGAAACCGCGGCAGCUUCCGAGGUCGCCCACACCUCAGCCGAAUCUCCGAUCUCUCCAAGCAGCUCAGUUUCCCCAGCAACGGCCCUGCCUGCUGAGACGCCCUUCACUUCGGUCCUGAGUGAAGCGCCAACCACCUCCCGAAGCCAGCACACUUCAACAGGUGGAACUCAGACCACCGAGCCGUCCAAAACAACAGUCUCCAAUCAGGAAUCUACAACCUUCCCAACAAACUCAGUUUCCGCGGUACCCACUGGAACUCCGGAGACCUCCUACCCUACACCCCCCAGAGAAGAACCCACCACGUUCCCCAGUGGCCCGGUGUCUACCCAAGCAACGCAAGCAACUGACACAGCCCGGACAACAGUCUUCAGUCACGGGUCUACAGCUCCCCAGAGCAACUCCAUUUCCACACAAACUGCUUCUGUACCCCCUGAGAGCCUCCUCACCACAGUCCAACCUGAGGCCCCUACAGCCUCCAGCAGCAGCUCGACUUCAACGCAAGGCUCUCGAGCCACAGGGUCCUUCCCAGGAACUGUCUUCACUCUGGAAGCUACGACCGUCUCUGGCAGCCCCACGUCCCCAGAAACCACGGUACCGGCUGAAACUGAUCACCCCACAGCCCGAUCUGAAGCACCUACAGCCUCCCAAGGCGGCCCAGUUUCCUCAGAAGCCGCUCCCACGACUCAGACCUCCCCGACAACAACGGUCUUCGCUCAGCAAUCUACAGUCUUGCCAGCCACAGCCAGCACAAUGCCCGCAGAAACAGCUGGGACUCCUGGGACCUCCUACACCUCAGCUGUCACUGAGGAGUCUGCAGCCUCCCCACGUGGCCCAACGUCCACACAGACAACUCAGGCACCUGAGACAUCACCAAGAGUUUUCACUCAGGCAUCCACAGUCUUCACAGCCCCCUCAAGUUCACCAGAAACCGCGGCAGCUUCCGAGGUCGCCCACACCUCAGCCGAAUCUCCGAUCUCUCCAAGCAGCCCAGUUUCCCCAGCAACGGCCCUGCCUGCUGAGACGCCCUUCACUUCGGUCCUGAGUGAAGCGCCAACCACCUCCCGAAGCCAGCACACUUCAACAGGUGGAACUCAGACCACCGAGCCGUCCAAAACAACAGUCUCCAAUCAGGAAUCUACAACCUUCCCAACAAACUCAGUUUCCGCGGUACCCACUGGAACUCCGGAGACCUCCUACCCUACACCCCCCAGAGAAGAACCCACCACGUUCCCCAGUGGCCCGGUGUCUACCCAAGCAACGCAAGCAACUGACACAGCCCGGACAACAGUCUUCAGUCACGGGUCUACAGCUCCCCAGAGCAACUCCAUUUCCACACAAACUGCUUCUGUACCCCCUGAGAGCCUCCUCACCACAGUCCAACCUGAGGCCCCUACAGCCUCCAGCAGCAGCUCGACUUCAACGCAAGGCUCUCGAGCCACAGGGUCCUUCCCAGGAACUGUCUUCACUCUGGAAGCUACGACCGUCUCUGGCAGCCCCACGUCCCCAGAAACCACGGUACCGGCUGAAACUGCUCACCCCACAGCCCGAUCUGAAGCACCUACAGCCUCCCAAGGCGGCCCAGUUUCCUCAGAAGCCGCUCCCACGACUCAGACCUCCCCGACAACAACGGUCUUCGCUCAGCAAUCUACAGUCUUGCCAGCCACAGCCAGCACAAUGCCCGCAGAAACAGCUGGGACUCCUGGGACCUCCUACACCUCAGCUGUCACUGAGGAGUCUGCAGCCUCCCCACGUGGCCCAACGUCCACACAGACAACUCAGGCACCUGAGACAUCACCAAGAGUUUUCACUCAGGCAUCCACAGUCUUCACAGCCCCCUCAAGUUCACCAGAAACCGCGGCAGCUUCCGAGGUCGCCCACACCUCAGCCGAAUCUCCGAUCUCUCCAAGCAGCUCAGUUUCCCCAGCAACGGCCCUGCCUGCUGAGACGCCCUUCACUUCGGUCCUGAGUGAAGCGCCAACCACCUCCCGAAGCCAGCACACUUCAACAGGUGGAACUCAGACCACCGAGCCGUCCAAAACAACAGUCUCCAAUCAGGAAUCUACAACCUUCCCAACAAACUCAGUUUCCGCGGUACCCACUGGAACUCCGGAGACCUCCUACCCUACACCCCCCAGAGAAGAACCCACCACGUUCCCCAGUGGCCCGGUGUCUACCCAAGCAACGCAAGCAACUGACACAGCCCGGACAACAGUCUUCAGUCACGGGUCUACAGCUCCCCAGAGCAACUCCAUUUCCACACAAACUGCUUCUGUACCCCCUGAGAGCCUCCUCACCACAGUCCAACCUGAGGCCCCUACAGCCUCCAGCAGCAGCUCGACUUCAACGCAAGGCUCUCGAGCCACAGGGUCCUUCCCAGGAACUGUCUUCACUCUGGAAGCUACGACCGUCUCUGGCAGCCCCACGUCCCCAGAAACCACGGUACCGGCUGAAACUGCUCACCCCACAGCCCGAUCUGAAGCACCUACAGCCUCCCAAGGCGGCCCAGUUUCCUCAGAAGCCGCUCCCACGACUCAGACCUCCCCGACAACAACGGUCUUCGCUCAGCAAUCUACAGUCUUGCCAGCCACAGCCAGCACAAUGCCCGCAGAAACAGCUGGGACUCCUGGGACCUCCUACACCUCAGCUGUCACUGAGGAGUCUGCAGCCUCCCCACGUGGCCCAACGUCCACACAGACAACUCAGGCACCUGAGACAUCACCAAGAGUUUUCACUCAGGCAUCCACAGUCUUCACAGCCCCCUCAAGUUCACCAGAAACCGCGGCAGCUUCCGAGGUCGCCCACACCUCAGCCGAAUCUCCGAUCUCUCCAAGCAGCUCAGUUUCCCCAGCAACGGCCCUGCCUGCUGAGACGCCCUUCACUUCGGUCCUGAGUGAAGCGCCAACCACCUCCCGAAGCCAGCACACUUCAACAGGUGGAACUCAGACCACCGAGCCGUCCAAAACAACAGUCUCCAAUCAGGAAUCUACAACCUUCCCAACAAACUCAGUUUCCGCGGUACCCACUGGAACUCCGGAGACCUCCUACCCUACACCCCCCAGAGAAGAACCCACCACGUUCCCCAGUGGCCCGGUGUCUACCCAAGCAACGCAAGCAACUGACACAGCCCGGACAACAGUCUUCAGUCACGGGUCUACAGCUCCCCAGAGCAACUCCAUUUCCACACAAACUGCUUCUGUACCCCCUGAGAGCCUCCUCACCACAGUCCAACCUGAGGCCCCUACAGCCUCCAGCAGCAGCUCGACUUCAACGCAAGGCUCUCGAGCCACAGGGUCCUUCCCAGGAACUGUCUUCACUCUGGAAGCUACGACCGUCUCUGGCAGCCCCACGUCCCCAGAAACCACGGUACCGGCUGAAACUGCUCACCCCACAGCCCGAUCUGAAGCACCUACAGCCUCCCAAGGCGGCCCAGUUUCCUCAGAAGCCGCUCCCACGACUCAGACCUCCCCGACAACAACGGUCUUCGCUCAGCAAUCUACAGUCUUGCCAGCCACAGCCAGCACAAUGCCCGCAGAAACAGCUGGGACUCCUGGGACCUCCUACACCUCAGCUGUCACUGAGGAGUCUGCAGCCUCCCCACGUGGCCCAACGUCCACACAGACAACUCAGGCACCUGAGACAUCACCAAGAGUUUUCACUCAGGCAUCCACAGUCUUCACAGCCCCCUCAAGUUCACCAGAAACCGCGGCAGCUUCCGAGGUCGCCCACACCUCAGCCGAAUCUCCGAUCUCUCCAAGCAGCUCAGUUUCCCCAGCAACGGCCCUGCCUGCUGAGACGCCCUUCACUUCGGUCCUGAGUGAAGCGCCAACCACCUCCCGAAGCCAGCACACUUCAACAGGUGGAACUCAGACCACCGAGCCGUCCAAAACAACAGUCUCCAAUCAGGAAUCUACAACCUUCCCAACAAACUCAGUUUCCGCGGUACCCACUGGAACUCCGGAGACCUCCUACCCUACACCCCCCAGAGAAGAACCCACCACGUUCCCCAGUGGCCCGGUGUCUACCCAAGCAACGCAAGCAACUGACACAGCCCGGACAACAGUCUUCAGUCACGGGUCUACAGCUCCCCAGAGCAACUCCAUUUCCACACAAACUGCUUCUGUACCCCCUGAGAGCCUCCUCACCACAGUCCAACCUGAGGCCCCUACAGCCUCCAGCAGCAGCUCGACUUCAACGCAAGGCUCUCGAGCCACAGGGUCCUUCCCAGGAACUGUCUUCACUCUGGAAGCUACGACCGUCUCUGGCAGCCCCACGUCCCCAGAAACCACGGUACCGGCUGAAACUGCUCACCCCACAGCCCGAUCUGAAGCACCUACAGCCUCCCAAGGCGGCCCAGUUUCCUCAGAAGCCGCUCCCACGACUCAGACCUCCCCGACAACAACGGUCUUCGCUCAGCAAUCUACAGUCUUGCCAGCCACAGCCAGCACAAUGCCCGCAGAAACAGCUGGGACUCCUGGGACCUCCUACACCUCAGCUGUCACUGAGGAGUCUGCAGCCUCCCCACGUGGCCCAACGUCCACACAGACAACUCAGGCACCUGAGACAUCACCAAGAGUUUUCACUCAGGCAUCCACAGUCUUCACAGCCCCCUCAAGUUCACCAGAAACCGCGGCAGCUUCCGAGGUCGCCCACACCUCAGCCGAAUCUCCGAUCUCUCCAAGCAGCCCAGUUUCCCCAGCAACGGCCCUGCCUGCUGAGACGCCCUUCACUUCGGUCCUGAGUGAAGCGCCAACCACCUCCCGAAGCCAGCACACUUCAACAGGUGGAACUCAGACCACCGAGCCGUCCAAAACAACAGUCUCCAAUCAGGAAUCUACAACCUUCCCAACAAACUCAGUUUCCGCGGUACCCACUGGAACUCCGGAGACCUCCUACCCUACACCCCCCAGAGAAGAACCCACCACGUUCCCCAGUGGCCCGGUGUCUACCCAAGCAACGCAAGCAACUGACACAGCCCGGACAACAGUCUUCAGUCACGGGUCUACAGCUCCCCAGAGCAACUCCAUUUCCACACAAACUGCUUCUGUACCCCCUGAGAGCCUCCUCACCACAGUCCAACCUGAGGCCCCUACAGCCUCCAGCAGCAGCUCGACUUCAACGCAAGGCUCUCGAGCCACAGGGUCCUUCCCAGGAACUGUCUUCACUCUGGAAGCUACGACCGUCUCUGGCAGCCCCACGUCCCCAGAAACCACGGUACCGGCUGAAACUGCUCACCCCACAGCCCGAUCUGAAGCACCUACAGCCUCCCAAGGCGGCCCAGUUUCCUCAGAAGCCGCUCCCACGACUCAGACCUCCCCGACAACAACGGUCUUCGCUCAGCAAUCUACAGUCUUGCCAGCCACAGCCAGCACAAUGCCCGCAGAAACAGCUGGGACUCCUGGGACCUCCUACACCUCAGCUGUCACUGAGGAGUCUGCAGCCUCCCCACGUGGCCCAACGUCCACACAGACAACUCAGGCACCUGAGACAUCACCAAGAGUUUUCACUCAGGCAUCCACAGUCUUCACAGCCCCCUCAAGUUCACCAGAAACCGCGGCAGCUUCCGAGGUCGCCCACACCUCAGCCGUGAGUGAGGCAUCUACAGUAUCCUCCAGGACCCCGAGGACAACACAUGCCACCCAGCCAAGCGAAACCUCCGCAACAGGGCUCACUCACAAGUCUACAACCUGGUCGGGCAGCUCCGCGUCCCCAGACACUGCUGUACCUCCCGCCGUCACCCACACAGCAGCGCUGACUGAGGCGUCUACCACAUCCCUGCGCAGCGCCAUAUCCACACAAACAGCUCCAGCUCCAGAGAACUCUGGAACAACCCUUCACACUCAGGAACCUACCACAUCCCUAAGCGGCCCAGUGUCCACAGGAACAGCCGGACCCCCUGGGACCUCCUCCACCGCAGCUGUGAAGGAGCCAUCUACAGCCUACACCAGGACCCCGGUUUCAACACUUGCAACUCAACCAGCUGAGUCACGGGGCACGGUGUUCACCCAGGAAUCAACACCCUCCCCAACCGGCUCAAUUUCCACAGGGACGCUGGUCCCUCCUGAGACCCCAGAAGAACCCACCACGUUCCCCAGUGGCCCGGUGUCUACCCAAGCAACGCAAGCAACUGACACAGCCCGGACAACAGUCUUCAGUCACGGGUCUACAGCUCCCCAGAGCAACUCCAUUUCCACACAAACUGCUUCUGUACCCCCUGAGAGCCUCCUCACCACAGUCCAACCUGAGGCCCCUACAGCCUCCAGCAGCAGCUCGACUUCAACGCAAGGCUCUCGAGCCACAGGGUCCUUCCCAGGAACUGUCUUCACUCUGGAAGCUACGACCGUCUCUGGCAGCCCCACGUCCCCAGAAACCACGGUACCGGCUGAAACUGAUCACCCCACAGCCCGAUCUGAAGCACCUACAGCCUCCCAAGGCGGCCCAGUUUCCUCAGAAGCCGCUCCCACGACUCAGACCUCCCCGACAACAACGGUCUUCGCUCAGCAAUCUACAGUCUUGCCAGCCACAGCCAGCACAAUGCCCGCAGAAACAGCUGGGACUCCUGGGACCUCCUACACCUCAGCUGUCACUGAGGAGUCUGCAGCCUCCCCACGUGGCCCAACGUCCACACAGACAACUCAGGCACCUGAGACAUCACCAAGAGUUUUCACUCAGGCAUCCACAGUCUUCACAGCCCCCUCAAGUUCACCAGAAACCGCGGCAGCUUCCGAGGUCGCCCACACCUCAGCCGAAUCUCCGAUCUCUCCAAGCAGCCCAGUUUCCCCAGCAACGGCCCUGCCUGCUGAGACGCCCUUCACUUCGGUCCUGAGUGAAGCGCCAACCACCUCCCGAAGCCAGCACACUUCAACAGGUGGAACUCAGACCACCGAGCCGUCCAAAACAACAGUCUCCAAUCAGGAAUCUACAACCUUCCCAACAAACUCAGUUUCCGCGGUACCCACUGGAACUCCGGAGACCUCCUACCCUACACCCCCCAGAGAAGAACCCACCACGUUCCCCAGUGGCCCGGUGUCUACCCAAGCAACGCAAGCAACUGACACAGCCCGGACAACAGUCUUCAGUCACGGGUCUACAGCUCCCCAGAGCAACUCCAUUUCCACACAAACUGCUUCUGUACCCCCUGAGAGCCUCCUCACCACAGUCCAACCUGAGGCCCCUACAGCCUCCAGCAGCAGCUCGACUUCAACGCAAGGCUCUCGAGCCACAGGGUCCUUCCCAGGAACUGUCUUCACUCUGGAAGCUACGACCGUCUCUGGCAGCCCCACGUCCCCAGAAACCACGGUACCGGCUGAAACUGCUCACCCCACAGCCCGAUCUGAAGCACCUACAGCCUCCCAAGGCGGCCCAGUUUCCUCAGAAGCCGCUCCCACGACUCAGACCUCCCCGACAACAACGGUCUUCGCUCAGCAAUCUACAGUCUUGCCAGCCACAGCCAGCACAAUGCCCGCAGAAACAGCUGGGACUCCUGGGACCUCCUACACCUCAGCUGUCACUGAGGAGUCUGCAGCCUCCCCACGUGGCCCAACGUCCACACAGACAACUCAGGCACCUGAGACAUCACCAAGAGUUUUCACUCAGGCAUCCACAGUCUUCACAGCCCCCUCAAGUUCACCAGAAACCGCGGCAGCUUCCGAGGUCGCCCACACCUCAGCCCGCCAUAUCCACACAAACAGCUCCAGCUCCAGAGAACUCUGGAACAACCCUUCACACUCAGGAACCUACCACAUCCCUAAGCGGCCCAGUGUCCACAGGAACAGCCGGACCCCCUGGGACCUCCUCCACCGCAGCUGUGAAGGAGCCAUCUACAGCCUACACCAGGACCCCGGUUUCAACACUUGCAACUCAACCAGCUGA